GUUUUUUUGUAGUGGGCGUUGGUCUUACGAAAAGCACUUUGUAAGUACAUGCUCUGUACCCGGAUGAUCAUUAACGUUGAAUUAUUCAGACACCAGUUCCUCCCAGAAACUCCUUUGAAAUACUGUAUCAUCCAAAGUAUACACUAUAUCCAAUGUUGUUCAAGCCAUUUUUUCUUCGGUUUGCUGUUAUAUUAUUUCUAUAUUUUGACGAUUCUACGGUUUCAUGUGCAUACUAGUCGAGCUUCUGUAAAAACAAAAGGUAACAGCAACAGCAAACUUUGUUUUAGUUAAAUUUGAGACAUUUGUGUAAAACACGCCCCCAUCGAGUCAAGCAAGUCCAUGCUAGACUUGCCACAAAUCUACCUUAUACAGACCUUUUAAUCAUCAAACCACACUUCAAACACCUUCGUGUUGGCCUUCAUCCAUCUCCGACUUGCACAGGUCAGUAUGCUGUCCCACGCGGUUUUAGCCGCACACAAGUCAUUCUCGCCGCUACCGGCUGUACUUGUGCAUGUACCCCUCUGUACAGGAUGGAAGGGGAACGAGUGUAAACGCUGACAAUAGACGUUUCUCACCUGUUGUGUGAGACCGUUCCCUCGGGUCAACGGAGCUUUUCAAAACCCCUACAAUACGGGUGUACCUCGCUGCCUUUCAUGGGACACGGAAGUUUUGGGGUAUAGUCAACAGUAAGUGAGAACAGCGUACAUGUACAUGUACUGUACAUGUUCCAUGCAUAGUGCUUGUAAGCCGCAGUGUCAUCUGAGUCAUACCUCGUUCCCAGCACUCAUCCCAUCGUACACGCGUAUUUAGCCUACUAGCAAGCGAUUUAGUAGUUCGUACGACACAGCAUAGGCCUAUGAUUCGAUUUGACAUUUCUGAGGGACGCUAACAACAUGCGCUUUGAUGGUGGGCUGUUUUCUUAGUACCAGCCGGAUUCUAUCGAAACAUCGGAAUCGACACUGACUCAUACGUCGUUGUCCUGUUCUCACAUCCCACCACCCAGCGUCGUAGCCAUAUUAAACGUUGCGUUGCAAGUGUAAAUCUUUGGUGUUCGUCAGGACUUGGUUCCUGUAGUGUUUGCUAUGUACAUUGUUCAUGUACGUACAUGAGUGCCAUUCUCCUCGUUAGUAGCAUACUUGACCAACAUCAUCAGGUGUUGUCAAGGUAUAUGGCGUUGUGACUUGGACUUUGGCUCCAGCUACGGCCAAAACAACAGCAACUGUGUGUAGUUUGGAAGAAUUUGCUCGUUGAUACACUCGUCGUCCACAAAAACUUCCUAAAUAGCGACCAGUAAAAGUUGAAUAAAUCUUCAGAUAUUGGGCUGACUUCGUUUGGCGGUUAAUGUCAUUUUGGAAACCAUUAGCAUAGCAUCAGGAUUACUUUAUCAGAGAUGGAAUGGCCCGGUCUCCACGGAAUCGCACGACACUGUGCUUGUUUUGGAAAGAUUUUCUUCGUAAUCACAGUUUUGAAUUGCGUGAUUUUGUCUACGGCGCAAACUGAUGGAAACAUUGGGCUGUGUUCCAGUGUCGAAAGAGCAACGGUGACAUAUCAAGAAACUUAUCAGGUUUCAAGAUCCCAUAAAUCCUACUCGAAAUGUGGAAUUUGGGGUUUGUCACGGUGCACGCGUUACAGAGUUGUGUACUCUACUCAGACGAGAGUAGCUUACCGUGAUAGUUACAACAUCGUAUUCACCUGCUGUAACGGUUGGGUGAUGCAGUCUGACGGAUCAUGUCUACAAAAUACAUCAGAGGAAAUAACAACUCAAUCACAGCUGACGGAUGCCUUGACUCCCUCCAAGGUCGAUGGAACCACGCCUACGCUCUCCAACGACACAGCAGUUUUCGUCCCAAAGGGGUCACCCUCGUCACCAUCCUUUGUAUCUGGAACUGUCUCUGGAUCGCCUCCAGGGAAUAUCUCGAAGGUUGAUGGGCCCAGGACCCUGGGAAAGGGUGGGGAGUCACCACAGGGGUCUCCGACAGAUGGUGAACAUAUUGGGAUGAUCGGUGGCUUGGUUGGAGUGGCAGUAGCUUUUGUCGUCUUAGUGUCACUGGUUGUCGUCUUUGUUACAAAGAGAAAACGUCAAGCAAGAGAUAGGCGGCGAAAGUCCGAUCCUGCAGUUGUCUUUCAGUUAUUAAAUGCCAACUCUCCCGGUCGAGCUCCAACCCCGGACAUUUACACAGAAAUACCAGACCGUGAAGGCCAUACUAAUGCUGCAGGGGAUCAAGCAAACAGCACCCGCACAAAAGACGUGUCAUUCGACGACUACGACAUUGCUUUCAUAAACACUAAACAGCCGUCUGGUCUCUCAAACACAUAUCAGGACCUCAAAGAGGCUACAAGUUGUGGAGAUGCGCCCAGUGAAGCUAGUGACGGAUCACCAAAAAUGAAGAAAGUCGGCAUAGAGAUUCGCCUAGGACCAAACGGGGCUGUGUUCUCGAAAACAUGCGACGCAGAGAAGAGUAAGGAGGUAGUUUCGCCAUAUCAGAACGUACCCGGGUUGGAUACAGUCGUCAAGGCGCCAGAGGUAUUCGACACCAUGGGUGGAAAUAUCCCCACAGAUCCAGACGAUGAGGCAUACAAUAUGAUCAUCAUAGGACCGACCACAGAACAAGGCCCAUACGACAAACUGGACAGACAGCGUGGUGUAUCCCACCUUACUAGAGACGAUCAGUUGGACACGCCUAUACCAGCAGCUCCUGGUUAUUCGACACUUGGUCCUGAGAGUCACCUUGGUUACGAUAAGCUUGAACGACACGAAGCCCACGGUGUCGAUUCUGAGAGAAAAACUGGUAUCGUUGGACUGAAUACAUACGAUGAAUUGGGUGCACAGGGUCGAUCAACGGACUAUGACAAGCUGGCUCGACGAUGCUCCAUUGAACAUGGCUUGAAUGAUUCAGGAAAUAGAAAUGGAACUCUCAACGGCAUACCGAACGGUAACUUAGGCACGAACCAGUAUGACGCCAUUGAAAUGAAGAAACCGGCAGACGGGGAAAUUUACGAGAACCUCCCAAAGAAGAAUGUCCCUGAAGGACUUACUCUGAAAAUGCCAGCUUCGGGCUUGGAGAAUCACGAACAAGCUUUAAAUACCGAUCAUAACCUUUCAGCAUUUUCACCUCCGGUCGUGCGUCCUGUCUACGAUGUUCUGCCAGGAACACCUCGCAUGCCUAGUGCACAGGUUUACGACAUCUUGCCUAAAUCACCCGAGCAGAAAGUUGCCACUCCCGUGUAUGAUACGCCCCCUGCUGUUCAAAAAAUGAUGCAGCGGGCCAGCGUUGAAGAACCGACGUCCCCCUUGGUUGGGCUCAGACCUGUUUACGAUACGCCCCCAGUCAGGUAUGGUAACACCUGCCCUCUACAGUUUGAAGAAACUUGUCCAUUGUAUGAGAACACGCCCACAGGUGGUAAUUAAGAGUUUUCUUUACCACUUGUGCAGUGUUCCUAAAUGUUGCAAUAAAUGUUUCUAGAGUGGAAACAGUCUAGACAAUCGGUAGAUGAGCAAUGUACAACUCCUGUCAUUGUCUUUAUUGUUUGCUUCGGUUCUGGAACAUUUGCGAUACAAACAGAUCAAAGUAUGCUCUUAAAUUGUAAAACGAAAUCCCGUGAAUUUACGACAGAUAAUUUGGAAGCUAUGAGAGCCAACGAUUUUCUGUCAAAUGUAUGAGCAAGUAAAGGAUAGGCCUAAGUCAUCAGUUGUCUUACUCUUUAAGUUUGUAAUUACGGUGAGUGUAAAUUUUACGGGAAAUUAUUGUCACCCGUGGCUUCAAGGUUCUUUUUCCUAAUUUAAUGGAAAAUGCUUUUGCAGUGUAGCUAUUAUAUUAUGGAAGCCAUCUUGGGCUCUGAAAUGCCAAUUCCUUUUUAUUUCUCGUCAUUAUAGUGUUAUGUAUUUUACCAAGCAUCAACAAUGUGCAAAACGCAAUGUGCUUGUAUUUGGCAAAAGGAAGUACAAUAAGUGAACUUGACAAAGUGUCAAUAAUUAAUGCUUUUUGUAAACGUAUUUCCCGGCUCAGUUAUUUUCAUACUAGAAAUUUUGUAGAACUGUUUACAUACAGGUUAUGUGAAGGUUGUUUCCUCAAAUGGAACGUAAGUGCAAAUCAUGUAAAAAAUGCGGUCGAUUAGUCACGUAAUCUUUAGUUUUUUACUAUUUUUGGCCAUUACUAGGGUUUGCUUGUGGACUAGUAAGACAUAUUAAAAGAAAAUUUGUUCAGUUACUGGCUAAAACAGCAGCGAUAUAUUAUGGUAUAAAAUGGACUGUAGCAUGGUUGUUGUAACACGUGUCAAGACCGUACACUACUGCAUGUUUCUUCACUUGAGGUUAAAACGGGAGAAUGUUACCACAUUUCGGUCCUCUAAUUUUUAGCUGUAGUUAGGAAUAUUGUAUGCUAUUGAAAAAGUGUUCGAUUGCAGCCUUUCUAGUAUUUGUAGAUCGGUUGUCCAAAAUAUCAAGGUUAAAAUUUAACUUGAUGAAUUAGUUCGUGUGAUCUAAAUAUCAAUCAUACCGUAAUCUCAGAUAAAUUAUAUAACGACCCAUAAUGCAGUGAACUCUCGUGACAGUGAUAGGCGAAGAUAUCACAAGAGAAUUUUAUGAUCGUGUGAUUGAGGACAUUCCUUAUGGACUCACUCUUGUUGAUUAACCAUUUUUUAAAUCACAACUCACAUAGAUUACCUUACUUAGUAUAAUAAUCAAUCGUUUUGUUUGUUGCUCGAGUUUUGUUUAAUGCCAUAAUCUGCAAUACUGAAUAAUUGAAGAGUGUAAUAUUUUUCACCUUAUGGUGGAUUUAAACUAAAUUGAUGCAAUAGAAAGAGUUCGCAAUGCAGUGUGUCGCUAAGAAACCAUAACUAGACCUUUUUCUUAGUGUUCAGUGUCUGUAUACAUGUUGUCUAAGUAUUAUUUUAUGCACGUGUCAAUAAUGACGACAAUUCUCAACGUAUACGGUAAAACCACUCUGCAUUUUGCUGUGAGGAAAAAGGGAAGCAUUCUGAUUUGUCCAAAUAUGGCUUCCUACCUUGAUUUAGUAGCGUAGCAUUUAACCUUGACGCUUGGCAAUAUGUCAAGUUUCUUCCCUCCAGAAAAAUCCUGCCAGACUAAGUAAUCCGACUCUUGUUUGCCUGGAGACAGUCCAUGUAAUCUGCCUUUUAUCAUUAGGGAAUGAGCAAUGCGUAUGACGGAAGCGUAAUUGCUGGCUUUUUAGUAACAAACACCCUCGGUCCAUCCGGUUUGUGUGAAUCAAACACCGUGCAUGGUACAAACCCAACCCGUAUAAGUAAGUAAAAUCACAGGUCUGUCCCAAGAUUCAUGCUCUGAAGUCAUCGUCAUUUGACAGUUGUCCAAUCUGCUGUCACAGUGCCAUUACAAUGCAUGUAUACUUAUUUUGGGAUGUGUCACAAGAACUCCACGUGUAACCGCGGGUCAUAUGCUUCACCAUUUUCUUGUCCUUUAAGGCAAUUCUGAGCGUUUGUAGCACGUGUACUCAUUUUCUCGUCAGUUUUCAAGCAAAUCUCCGGAUGAAAAAGGGAGAGUUCACACUAAUUUUUUGUAUUUUCACGUUUUGUGUCCAGUCUCAGAUUGCUUAUAUCGCUUCAUGUACUGUCGGAUUUAUAUCAAUAUACAUGUAAAUGUAUACUUUUCGUUAUUUCGUUCAACUUGUCAGCUUUUUAAGACGUUUGCCUCUUUUGUUCUUGUGCUAAUUAUUCCAAUAAUACAGGGAAAAGCACUGAAGUUAAUGUUUAAUGAUAUCGAGGAGAUCCUCAAAUUAGGAGUGUUUUAAUAAGACGUCAAUGACCAACUCAGAAACUAAGUAAUUAGAUACUAAUGAAUUAUUGUCUUCCAUUUAUCUAGGGCAACGGUAUCUCCUCUUUUUGCUAGUUUUCCGUAUAAUGGACGGAAAGACUGAAAAACUGUGCCUGUGGAAAUGUCAUGAUAUUUUCUAAAUGAUCAGUUACAAAAAUUCUAGAAGUUUUAUAACAUAAUGCCAAAUCAAAGUUGACUUUGAAUUGCAGCGAAGACGACGGAGUCCUGUAGAAUAUAGACUGUAUUUCGAAAUAAUUCAAAGCUGUUUUAUCCCGAGGCUAUGAAGUAUACUAUAACUUUUUUGGCAAUAUGAAUUUAUGUGCCAUUCGAAAUAAACAAAAGUAGUAACUUCUUGGUGAAUUAAUUUAAAAGAGCUUUGACUAAUUCAUACUUAAAUGCUGGCGAGUAUCGAAAUAUUUUUUAAAAAAGCUUUUAACUUUGCUGGAAUUGAAAUAUAAUGAAGCAUAACAUACAUGUACUUGUAAUUGUAUUUAAUCCAUCAGUUACAAAUCUAACCUUUAAAUAAUUAGAAAUAGUGGCAUAAGUGUCUAUUUUUGUUGAGUCCGGAUUAAACGCUGAUAUUACAACUGCGCUGACGUAUUUUUA